CGGCUGGACAACUCCUGACAACCAGGAGACGCCUGACAGCUCUAUGAAAGGCUCGGCACAUUAGUUUUUAUUGAAGUAUGUCAUGUUGAAAUGCGGGAUCAACAGGCUGCAAAUAACCCGCAAAGACUCUUUUUAUGCGCGUAUCCAUGAAGUCAGAUUAGUAAAUUGGCCGCGGAGCUGCGCGUUUUUUUUAUUUUUAUUUUAUUUAUUUUUUGAUGGACUCCUCACUCAUUAGAGGGCUGAAUGUGAAUUCAUGCCGAGCUUCAGCCACUCCAGGGUAGACACAGAGCGCACACAUGGAUUCGUUUAACGCCAGCAGCGGGAUGGAAGCGUACACGGUGAUCCAUCUGAACGCCUCCUGGAGCCUGGACAGUGGAUAUUCUCUGGCAGCGAUAGCCAGCAUCGCUGCUCUUGUAAGUUUCCUCAUUCUCUUCACGGUUGUCGGGAAUAUUCUGGUGGUUAUUGCGGUGUUAACGAGCAGGGCGCUGAAAGCCCCGCAGAACCUGUUCCUGGUGUCUCUGGCCACCGCGGACAUCCUGGUCGCCACUUUGGUGAUGCCGUUUUCUCUGGCGAAUGAACUUAUGGGCUACUGGUAUUUUGGAAAAGUUUGGUGCGGUAUUUAUCUCGCUUUGGAUGUGUUGUUCUGCACUUCGUCUAUUGUUCAUCUGUGCGCCAUAAGCCUGGACCGCUACUGGUCCGUUACGCAGGCUGUCGAGUACAACCUGAAGCGGACUCCCAAGCGCGUCAAGUGCAUCAUCCUGAUCGUUUGGCUGAUUUCUGCUUUCAUCUCCUCUCCGCCUCUCAUAUCUAUAGACAGCAACACUGAGACCAGCCCUCAGCCUCAGUGCGAGCUCAAUGAUGACACUUGGUACAUCCUCUCCUCCAGCACCGCGUCCUUCUUCGCCCCCUGCAUCAUCAUGGUGCUGGUGUACAUCAGGAUAUACCAGGUGGCCAAAACCAGAACCAGAACCAUGUCGGGGAAAAAUCACAGGCCAGAUGGUGUUACACAGACUGAGAAUGGGCUGAGCAAAGCCACCUCCCCUUACCAUGGCGAGAGAGAGAACGGUCACUGUCAGUGCCCGCCUACGCCCAGCCAACGCACCGUCACCAUCGGGCCACAGACGGAGGACGCCGACAUGGAGGAGAGCUCCUCCUCAGAGGGCAAAGGUCACAAACCCCAGCAGGGGGGCUCCCAGAAAGCCAAGAGAGCCAGCCAAAAGAAAAACUGCCUCUCCAAACAGUCCACACGCAUCUCCAGAGUCAGUAACAAAUCCAUGGACAUCUUCGCCUCCAGGAGGAAACGCCGCCGGAGCUCUUUAGCCAGGAAAAAGGUCUCCCAGGCCAGGGAGAAGAGGUUCACCUUCGUCCUGGCUGUGGUCAUGGGGGUGUUUGUUGUGUGCUGGUUCCCCUUUUUCUUCAGCUACAGCCUGUACGGUGUGUGCAGGGAGCCCUGUAAGAUCCCCGACCCGCUCUUUAAAUUCUUCUUCUGGAUUGGCUACUGUAACAGCUCGCUCAACCCCGCCAUCUACACCAUCUUUAACAGGGACUUCAGACGCGCCUUCCAGAAGAUCCUCUGCAAGUCUUGGAAAAAGUCCUUUUAGAUCUGAAACAGAACUGCUGCACCAGUGUGACAAUCUUUAAGGAAUUAUCAAAGUGAAAAAAGAAGCCCAGUUUUGUCUUGUUUGGUCUCAUUGUCCUGUUGUAAAUCAGUCAUGGCAGAGCACCUACUGGGUCUCUACAGGCUUUAACACAGUGUUUCCAUUGCAGGCUUCCUACAGGUUCUCACAGUCUGUUUACACCAUUCUUUUCUUCCUACUGAUGUGUGCUUUAAUGCUUUAUAGUGUAUCAUCAUUGAUCACGCUCCUUAUACAUCCACAAAAGAUGCACACAUGGCCAGAUUUAUCUGCUUGAGGGCCCUGGGGCAGAAAUGGGCCCCUGGACCCCCCUUUACACCACAUGGUUCCUCCCACUCACUCUGUGCAAUGUGUACAAUUUUUCUAUCAUUUUUGUGAGAGAACAAGAGUUGGCCACAGAUUUGCUGUGUGGUAACAUUCAUUAAAUAUACACAAGCACAAAACUAAGAUAAUGGAGGUUUUAUAACUUCAUUUUGGCAUUUGGUUUUUAAGACUGAAAUGAAAAGUUUACAUUUUGGGGAAAAAAUAACUUUCUUACAAUAAAUCAGAUGAGAAGAUUAACAACAAUUUCAUGUUUGUGCCCUAAAGAUGUGGCUGGAGCAAGUGGUCAGUUAGCCUAGCUUAGCAUAACGACUGUAAAUUGGUGAAUAAAGCUAGCUAACGCUCUAAAAGGCAACACAUCCCACAAGCAGUGUGUCAAAAGCUCAGCUUAUAUCUUGUUUGUUUCAUCCAUACAAAAACAGAAGCAGAAAAACAAAGUUUUGCUAGUGGAGACUAGAAGUAGUUGCUGCUCUUUUUAAACCAUGAAUGGUUGUUUUACUGCAGCUUUUCUCCAGAUUAAACAAUUCAUUAACAAGCCUUAGAGGUUUCUGUAGGUGGAUUUUGUGACCUUUGACCAGGCCCUGGUUAACAGCUUCCCUAGUUACAGUCUUUAUGCUAAAUUCAGAUUAGCGACAGCUGGCUCCAGAUUCAUUAUGGAUAAUAAAAAGGUCAUACUAUUCCUUUAAGAUCAGGUGAUACAGCAGAACCCAUCUUAAAGCUGGGGUAAGCAGUUUUCUGUUACCAGCCCUACAAGUACUGUUAAUUUAAUCUGUACAGAUUGUGAUCUCAAUACUGUCAUAUCGUGGCAGGUACAUGAAGAUUUUUUUUGCAUACUUGUGGUCCUGAAAGUCCCAUUGAGAUGUCAGACUCUGGCAAGCUCUAGCUAGCUAAAUGUUUCUCAAUAAAAUGUGUCAAUAUGGACAAAGUGA